UCUUUUAUAUAUACACAGUAAGUAUUAGUUACAUACAUACAUACACUUUUAGGGUUUUCAAAAAACACAAACAAUAAAUCUUGAAACAAAGAAAGAUCCAAUUUUUCUGACCAGAAAUGUCAACGGCGGAAAAGGGUGUUGUUGGCGGCGAAUUGUUGUUCUGUGGCACGACGGCGUGGGACACAAUCGGCCGUCGUAAAGUGCCGGAUAGUAGCUUGGUUUCUCCCACUAGACUCCGCUCACUUAUCGGUGUUGAUAUUUGUUAUGUUGCUUCUGGUUGCGCUUCUUGCCAUUGUAUAGCAUUGGAUGUGAAUGGACGUUGCUAUACUUGGGGAAGAAAUGAUAAGGGGCAACUUGGACACGGGGAUCAAGUACAACGAGAUUUGCCGACUGUCGUCUCUGCACUUGCUUCUUACAAAAUUGUUAAAGCAAGUAGUGGGAGAUCCCACACAGUUGUAGUUACUGAAGAUGGCCUUUCUUUGGCUUUUGGCUGGAAUAAACAUGGGCAGCUUGGUUCAGGCUCGGUGAGAAAUGAAAUCGAGCUAUACCCAGUACGCUGUCAAGUAGCUGAUGUAACACAUGUCGCAUGUGGAGCUGAUUUUACUGUAUGGUUGACUUCUGUUGAAGGGGCUUCUAUACUAACUGCUGGGCUUCCACAGUAUGGCCAACUUGGACAUGGAACUGACAAUGAGUACAAUACUAAGGACAGCUCUGUGAAGCUUGCUUAUGAGGCUCAACCUCGCCCCAAGGCCAUAGCUGCUUUUGCCAAUGAAACCAUAGUAAAAGUGGCUUGUGGAUCGAACCAUACAGUUGCCGUGGACUCGAAGGGCUUUGUUUACACGUGGGGCUAUGGAGGAUAUGGAAGGCUUGGACAUAGAGAGCAAAAGGAUGAGUUCAGUCCUCGCCGUGUCGACCUUUUCACAAAGCAUAAUCUUAUACCUCCCAGUGCAGUGGUCUCUGCUGGUUCUGUCAACUCUUCAGUUACAGCUGCUGGAGGGCAGUUGUAUAUGUGGGGGAAGAUAAAGUCAACUGGUGACGAUUCAAUGUACCCUAAACCUCUGAUGGAUCUCAGUGGUUGGAACAUACGCUGUAUGGAUUCAGGCAGUAUGCACCAUUUUGUUGGUGCGGAUAACUCAUGCAUAAGUUGGGGUCAUGCUCAAUCUGGUGAACUUGGCUAUGGACCUCACCAGCAGAAAUCUUCUGCAAUCCCCAAAAAGGUUGACACCCUUGAAGGCAUGCAUGUUAUAAGUGUUGCAUGUGGUUUCGCGCAUUCCUUGGUGGUGAUUGACCGGACAAAUGUUGCUGAUCAACUUGAGCAGCUUGAAAUUUAUGACGGCAAACCUGCUGGUGAAGGGGUUGAAGAACCCAGUUUUGAACCACCACCCGUGAAGCAAACUAACAAAAAGGCCGCUGCUAAAACAACUAACAAGAGGAAGAAGAAAUCUGAAGAAUCUUCUGACACGGGGGAUGAAAGUGUUCAUGAAGAUGAUAAUAGUAGUGACUCCGAAGCUAAUGGUUUUGCUGAAAAAAAGAGUAAAAGAGGCGGGAAGUCUUCCGGUCGUGGCAGGGGGCGCCCUCCUGCAGCCGCCAAAGAAAGUGGUGCUGCACCGGUUAAGAGAGGAAGAGGAAGACCAAAGAAGGCAUGAGCCGACUAAUUUUGGCUUGGUGAUACUUUGUACUUUCAUACUAACUUUGUAUUCUGAUUCAUUGAGCAUUUUGAACAAAUGAGAGCUAACGGUUAGAGGAUGAUUAACCUUUUGUAUCGGUUCUAUUGCGAAUUAAUCUAUUUUCGUUUUGGACGGUUUUUUCUUGAA